AUGCUCGCUCAAUAUACUGUGUGUGCGCUCCAGUACGUGGAUCCACAUACCACUGACUGUGAUCACAGUGAAACUGUGGUACCCAAGCUCUGGAAGUACGCGCGGCGGCACUGGAUUUGGGUCAGUAAGAAGCUGCAGCACUGGGUUUGGGUCAGUAAGAAGCUGCGGCACUGGGUUUGGGUCAGUAAGAAGCUGCAGCACUGGGUUUGGGUCAGUAAGAAGCCGCGGCACUGGGUUUGGGUCAGUAAGAAGCUGCGGCACUGGGUUUGGGUCAGUAAGAAGCUGCGGCACUGGGUUUGGGUCAGUAAGAAGCUGCGGCACUGGGUUUGGGUCAGUAAGAAGCUGCGGCACUGGGUUUGGGAAACCGGGCUGAAGGGCGAGCCCAAUUUCCUGGCUAUCCGGACGGCGGUCUCGACAUGCAACUUUGAGCAAAACGCCGAUCAGGCCACCCGAGAGUCGGUGGCAAAAUUCAUGUGCCACAGCCUUGACACUCAGGAGAGGUUCUACGCCCUCUACAAGACUGUCCAUAGGGCACAGGAGAUGCGGCAGUGCUUUAUAGCACUCAGCUGUCUCAACAAGGCAACUCCUGUGCCUUCUGGACCUCUGACGGCGGAGAAGCGUUCACCUCGGUGCGGCGGCGGCUGCUUGGGGCAGGGGAAGGAGUCAAAAACACACGCUCCCCGAGCAAUGUGA